UUAGUACAGUUCAAGCCGGCAACGACAGCAGUCGAACUGGUAGCGGUUAGUUAACCAAACAGUUUUCAAUAAGUGCUCGAAACAGUGAUCGGAUCGGCGUUUCAAAUUCAUUAUUUAUUAUUAUUAACACUCGCGAUGGCUAUAGAGUUGUCCAGGGAUAGGGUCUUGAACCUUAAUCUCGGUCUCCGAAGAGACGACCAAGAGGACGUCGCGUCCACAUGUGCUUCGACUUGUUCCGAUGAUGAAGUCACAAAUUCAAUUGAAGAUGAGGAUGAAGAAGUCAAUGAUCAGGAACAGAGGAGAUCCUUUAGCGACGAAGACAGGGACUACGAGCUGGAUGAUUUUCAAAUGAUCAAGACUAUCGGAACUGGUACGUUCGGACGGGUCGUUCUGUGCAGAAACAAGGCGACCGAUGCGUUCGGCGCCAUGAAAAUCCUCACCAUGGCAGACGUCAUUAGACUCAGACAGGUUGAUCAUGUUAAAAGCGAAAAAAAUAUUUUGCAGGAAAUCCGGCAUCCAUUCAUAGUCAAUCUACGCUGGAGCAGCAAAGAUGAAAGUUGCCUCUACAUGCUAUUUGAUUUUGUCAGUGGCGGAGAAUUAUUCUCCUACCUGAGAAAUGUAGGCAGAUUUAACAGCAAUACAGGAAAUUUUUAUAGCGCCGAGAUCAUAUGCGCUCUUGAUUAUUUACAUUCAAAAAAUAUUGUAUACCGUGACUUGAAGCCCGAAAACUUGCUUCUUGACAGAGAUGGUCACCUGAAAAUAACGGAUUUCGGUUUUGCUAAAAAACUACAUGAUCGCACCUGGACAUUGUGCGGAACACCUGAGUAUCUUGCUCCUGAAAUAAUUCAAUCUAAAGGCCACAAUAAAGCUGUUGAUUGGUGGGCUUUGGGUGUUCUUAUUUACGAAAUGCUGGCUGGGUACCCCCCAUUUUAUGAAGGCAAUGCUUUUGGAACUUACGAGAAAAUAUUGAGUGGAAAAAUUGAAUGGCCUAGACAUAUAGAUCCUAUUGCUAAAGAUCUUAUUAAAAAGCUUUUAGUACAAGACAGAACGAAAAGACUAGGAAAUAUGAAGAAUGGUGCCGAAGACGUAAAAAGACAUCGCUGGUACAAGCACUUGGACUGGCUUGACGUGUUCAGCAAGAAACUAAAGGCUCCAUUCUUGCCGUGCGUUGUGCACGAAGGCGAUACUAGCAACUUUGAUGAAUAUCCUGAAUAUGAUGGCAAAUCAUCUCGCAACGCAGAUGAAGAUGAACUAAAACUCUUUGAAGAUUUUUAAAUAAUAUUCGACUGCUAUAUAAUAUAAUAUAUAUCAUUUCCAGAAUAAUGAAAUAUCCACCUAUUGAGCGUAAGGAAAGUGCCUGUAUUCGUAACGAUUUUAUGAUAAGUAUGAAUGGCAUAUAUUACAGAUUUUUUACAAUGGGGCUCGAAGAAUGGUAGAAAUCAUUUUGAGAUGUAAUACAUAACAAGAUUAUGUUAUAAUUUUAGGAAUUACGAAGCCAAUUUUGCCGUAAGAUAGAACAAUGCUAUGGUAGGCUAAGUUAUGCUAAGCUUUCAUAUAAAAUGGUACUAAAAACUGUGCGAUCAGACGUUUUACACGCACAAUCUAACUUUUUGCGUGUAUUAUUAUGACAUAUCAGAAAUAUGCACUUAUGAUAAGAUUCUUUUUUUGACGGUUGUGCGUUUUUAGGUUAGGUUUUUUAUCUAAAACGCCUGACUGCACAACAACCACAUAGCAUUUUGACAGUUUCUAGUGCCAUUUUAUAUGAAAAACGCAUCGUAACAUAACUUUGCCAUAACAUUUGCCAUUUUGGCAUAGUUUGUUCUAAUAUUACGACAUGGGUGUAAUGCAUGCUGAAGUUUGCAAGUUAAUAUGAUGUUUUAAGGAUACAAUAGCAUGUUAUAUACAAAAUUUUUACGUACUUGAAAUUAAUUUUCAAAAAAUAUGUUUUAAUGGGAUUUUAUUUAUUAUUGCAUGCAACGGCAUAGUUUUUAACGUAUAUCUUUUGAUUCGAUAUUAUUUGGAUUUUAUUUAUUAUUAAUGGUAGUUCUAUUAUUUCACCUAUCAAAAUUGCAGAAUAAUUGUUAUGAGAAAACAUACAUUGUAAUGAUUUGGCGUGACCAGUAAUUUUUUUGAAAAUUAUUUUCAAUGUAACUUGGAUUGAAAUCGACGACCAUGGUCUUUUAUGUGAAAUUUAUAAAAUCAAUAUGAAAUUUCAAUUUCAAUGUUUAUUUAGGAGUGCUAAAUUGUAGAAAAUUUGUAAUAUGUCUGAAUCGUGUAGACAGUUUGCGUACGAAAUGAGUGCCGCAUCGAAAAGUAGUCUGAUGAAAUCUAUUUGUAUACCAUAUGAUAAGUGUUAAUUUACCAUUAAGAACUAGAUUAAUAUAUUUGAUGACAAAUUAGCAAUGACUUUUUAUUAAAUUCAUUGCUAAGUUGUCCUAGUCGAUCAGUAUCUUGAGAAAUAUUACGAAAGUAAUAUUUAUUAUCCAAAAAUAUUUUUAGGUUAUUUAUUAAUAUGGUUUUUUAUUUAGUUUUGGUAUCUGCGGUAAAUAAAAAAGCUCUGAGAAUUAAGAGGUCGAUAAUAUAUUGUUAUUUUUGUACCAAAACGUAUCGCAUUUUGCUGGAAUUCUUCCUCGGUCAUUUUUACCGCAGAUACCAUAUUGGUGAAAUAAGCGUUCACUAAUUAAAUUUUAAAUACUAAGACAUUUGCUUUGAUUAGAAAGCACAUUUAAUAUGAAUGUUAUUGGAUUACCAUUUCAUAUAUUUCUGUGAUAGUUGCGCUUUUUUCUUAUGGCCAACAAUUUUAAAUGUGUGUUAGAAAUACAUGGAAUCGUCAUUCAAAGAUUAGACAAUUUGUUGGGAAUUAAUAAAAGCUACGAUAGCGUUCGUUUUUUUAUUUUGUGAUUUUUGAGGUAUAACUACUCACAAACGUUAUUUGAAAUUAUAACAUUAAUAACGAUAGAUUAUAGAUAUAUUUAUAUAAAAGUUUUCCU